AUGGAUUCAUUCAACACAACCAACGUCAAGAUUGAGAAGGCGAGCGCAAUCAAGAAGCAUAGGAAGAUUCAAAAGAUAGCAAGUUUGUUCAGGUUAAUUGAGAUAGGUCUUGUUCUUGCUUUGAUUUCCAGGUUCUCAAUUCAACUUCCAGUUGCUGUCAGGAACUCCAGUGAGUAUUUCAAGGGCCUAACAGUUACCCUUGUAAGUCCUCGGUUCAUCUUCGUUCUCGGUAACGUGAUAGUCAUUACUCUCUUUGCAAAGUCAGGCCAGUUUUCAGGUCAAGAGUCUAACGGAAAGAGUUCAAGCACUGAUCUUUAUGAAGAGUUUGUUCAAAAGAGUGAAAAGAGUCAGGGAACUCAUCAAUAUGAAGCUGAAAGCAGAGAGAGACAGGUCAUUUAUGUUGAGUACAAAGUCACUGAGGAUGCUUCAACUUCUUUAGAAAGCAAGAAAUAUAAUAGAAGUCAAUCAGAGAAAUUGAAGAGGCCAAAUGGUAACAAGUCCUGCCGGGAACUGAGGCGGUCAGCGACCGAGAAAUGCAGGAAAAGCAUUGAUUCUGACAAGGAAUCGGAGAAAAGUUCAUUUCCCGAGGAUAAAUUGAGCAACGAUGAGUUUCGUUGCGCGAUCGAGGCUUUCAUUGCUAGGCAAAAGAGGUUUCGAAUAGACGAAGAGAAUUCUUAUAUUUUAGAGUAA